AUGAACGACACGGAAAAACUGCUGAAAAUGGCAGAAGACACGCUCUGUGAAUACUCAGAGAGUGCCGAACGACUAGACGCCAAACGAGAGCUACUGCGCCAACUACAAACUCUGGCCAGAAACGUGCACAGAGAAGCGGCGCCAGGCGUGGCUCCCUUUGUGUCUUAUUCCAGACCAAAGUACGUUCCAAAGUGGCUCAAGCGGGAUGAAGGGGGAAACUGCGGGUCCUCUCGAGAUACCAUCGGUUGUUCAAGUGAGUCCAGCAGUCCUAGACUCGGCAACAACACUCACCCACUUGGAGAUUCCAAUCCACAAGUGAUGAAAACAAGAUAUCCAGACAAAGAUACAGCCAGAGAUACAGCCAGAAAAACUGUCGGAGAUACUAAAAUUGAAACUGGACCAGAGAUCACCAUUGAUACCACCGGAAAUGACGAGAACCCCAGUUCGACUCUCUCUUUCACCGAUAAACAGCUACGAGAUCGACAGUUACUAAAACGGUUUACGGGUGCACAGCUGAAGAAACCCCCGGUUGAGUUGUCUGCUGGCUGGUAUCGACCAGUUAGCUUGAAAGCUGGUCCUCUGGCCCCUGCCACUCGGGUUAUGAACCGACUGAGUCCAGUGGAAGAGCCGAAACUCGAUCUUCCCGUAAUUCAGAGAGAGUUGAGAUGUCGUACGGUUCGUGUGAGGGAGUCUCGAAGAUGUUUGGGUUAUAAAGGGUAG